CUAAAAUAGCAUGGCGCUGAAUGUAAUAGCUACUAUUUAGCAUCGUAGUACACACACGCUUUCAGACGAAGACUUCCGUUUCCGGUUGCUUCCCCCCUCCUAAAUGUUCCGCAACAUCAACAUCUAGAAACUGAACACUUAAACGCACUAAAGCGAGGGACAGCCGGCGGUACAGGAUGUCUGCUCAGAAGCGGCCGUGCGAUCCCAACAGCUCCGCUGGUGCUCCUCCUGAGAAAAAGCGAGACAAAGAAGGAGGAGACGGAGGCGAGGGUCUCAGCACAGGGGCAAGCAAUGCUGUGGAGACGGUCAUCAAACUGGGGGGCGUGUCCAAUUCGGAGGAGCAGGAUAUUAAAGCACUGCAGAUGAAAAACAGAAAGUUGGGAGAGGCCUUGGACCAAAGACAGGUUAUAGAAGAUGAAUUGAGGGAACGAGUGGAAAGGCUUGAGACUCGCCAGGCUACCGAUGAUGCUAGCUUACUCAUCCUUAACAGAUACUGGAACCAGAUUGACGAAAACAUGAGGUUGAUCGCUCGCCGCUACGACCAGUCAGGAAGUCAGCCAGUGGACAGCCAACCUGGUGAGGGGCGGAGCCUAAAGCCAGGGACACCAGAGCCGGAUGGAGAUUCUAAUCAGGAGAGAGCAAAGGACAGAGGUCCACAAGGAGAGGGAACCAGCUCGUUUCUUGCCAUGUUGGCCAGUAGUAGCAGUGAGGAAAUGGAGGCAGAGCUAAAGGAGAGGGUGGAGUCCAGCUGUAAACAGGCCAGUUGUGUGAUCGAGAUCUGUGAGAGCUUAAAGAUCACCGUAGAUCAACUUAAGAAGGACCUUAGUGCUGACUCAGAUGGUAAACUCUUGGAAAUCGCUGCUCGCCUCAACACCUUACUGGCCAACGAGAACGAACGUCUCCGUCAGCUGACAGAUGACCUCAAACUAAAACAUAGUCAUAUGACCAGUGAGUCUCGAUCCCUGGCACGUGCUGCUAGUCGUGCCGAUAACAGAAUAAGCGAACUGCAGGUGUCGAUAGAGGAACUGCAGUGGGACACAGAGAAGAUCCGUCGCAGGGAAAACCGUCUCAACACACAUCUAGGGGAGGUGCUUGAGAGGCUAAAUAGUAAAGGCUAUAAAGUAUGUGGUGAGGCCAGUAGUGUGUGUGGGACCAUCACCAUCAACAAGAUAAAGUUUGAGGAGAUGAACAGUGAGCUGGAGGAGAACAGGGACUUAGCAGAGAACCGACUUAGCGAGCUGCAGAAACUACAGCAGGACCUGCAGACAGUUGUCCAGGAGAACAACAACAUGAAGAUGGAGCUCACGUGCAGGGCGGAGGGGGUGGUGAGAGAGACAGCAGAGUAUCGGUGUCUACAGUCUCAGUUCUCUGUGCUUUAUAACGAAUCUCUAGUACUGAAGGCCCAGCUGGAUGAGACCAGAGCUCGGCUGAACACUACCAGAGCUGCUCGUCUUCGCCAGCUCGACCACAUGGAGAAUGAUGAAGUUUCUCUGCAGCGCAAAGUCCGUACCGAAGUGAUUCAGCUGGAGGACACGCUGGCUCAGGUCCGCAAGGAGUACGAGAUGCUGAGGAUUGAGUUUGAGCAAACGCUCGCUGCCAACGAACAAGCAGGCCCAAUAAAUCGUGAGAUGCGCCACCUUAUCAGCACGUUACAGACACAUAACCAGCAGAUGAAGGGAGAGGUGGUCAAAUUCAAGCUCAGACUUCGAGAGGCCCAGCAAGAGCUGAACCAGCUACGUGCCGCAAAGGGUAACCCGGCCGUACAAUCACAAUCAAGCACAGAGAUGGAAAUAAAAGAAGAACCUGCGUCUGUGUUAACGUCCGCCACGUCUGACAUCUCGAUGAAAUCAGGGUCAGAUAACGAUUCAGCAACCCCCUCUACCACUGGAGUGUCGGUUAAGACUGAGCCAGGAAGUGAAUCUGAAAGCACAGUGAAAGAAGAAGAGAAGGAGAAAGACAAGGAAAAAGAGAAGGAUGAGAAGAAAGAGAAAGAUCAGAAAGACAGAGACAGGGUAACUCGUGUGAGCGUAAAGGAGGAAAAGGAGAAAGCGGGUACUAGUAGCAGUCAAUCAGACGACACACCGAAUGAACGCUGCGCUGCGAUCGGAGGGCCAAAGAGAAAAGAAGUGGAGCAACUGAAAAUUGUCCGAGUGGAUCUCAAGAAGGCCCAGGAGUCUCAGAGAGAGAUGAAACUCUUACUGGACAUGUAUCGCUCUGCCCCAAAAGAACAGAGGGACAAAGUGCAACUGAUGGCUGCAGAGAAAAAGCUGAAAUCUGAGGCAGAGGAACUACGUCAACGCCUGCGGGAUCUGGAGGAGCGGGAGAGGAGGGAAGGGAAGAAGAUGGCUGACGAGGAAGCUUUAAGAAAGAUCCGCUUAGUAGAGGAACAGAUCGACGUCCUCAACAAGAAACUCUCCCUUGCCAAGCAGGAGGAGGACGCGUUGCUGAGUGAGAUGGACGUCACCGGACAGGCCUUUGAGGACAUGCAGGAACAGAACAUUCGCUUGAUGCAGCAGCUCCGUGAGAAGGACGAUGCUAACUUCAAGCUAAUGAGCGAGCGCAUUAAAUCCAACCAGAUUCACAAGCUUCUGAAAGAAGAAAAAGAAGAGCUGGCUGAUCAGUUGCUCACACUGAAAACACAGGUGGACGCUCAGCUGCAGGUUGUGAGGAAACUGGAAGAGAAAGAGCGCCUCCUGCAGGGUACUAUUAGUGCUGCAGAGAGAGAGCUGUCUCUGCGCACACAAGCCCUGGACAUGAACAAACGAAAGGCCCAAGAGUCUGCACUGCUAUCGGAGGAGAUGCGUUCUCAGCUGGAAGAAGUGCAGCAGAGACUGAAAGAUGUUCGUGAGGAGGUGAUCGAGAACAGCAUCUCCAGAGAGAAAGAGUCCUUCAAUGCUCGCCGUGCACAGGAGGACAUAUCUAAAUUGCGCAGGAAGAUUGAGAACGUCAAGAAACCUGCUGAGAGCACCCGCAAUGGUGAUGAGAUACUUAAUGCGGAAAUUAACGAAUACAAGGCCCGGUUGACAUGUCCAUGCUGCAACUCUCGUGUAAAGGAUGCCGUGCUGACAAAGUGCUUCCAUGUAUUCUGCUUCGAGUGCGUGAAGACGCGUUACGAUACACGUCAGAGGAAGUGCCCAAAGUGCAACGCUGCCUUUGGUGCCAACGAUUUUCACCGAAUCUACAUCGGAUAGGCUGGCGACCGAAUGGUCCGUCGUGCCCGCGACUUAUCCGAGCUGAUCGUUAGAUGUAGAUGGAUUUGCUGUGAAGUGCUCUGUUGUCUGUUAACUCCAGCCACCAUCAGCUGAAACUCCACAUUCCUCCAUAUUUCCUUGGUUAGCAGUUGACUCUGAAGCCAGCUAUUUAAGUUUAAAAAGGACAGACCUGGCAUGGUAUCUCUCACCUGUCACGACCGAUCAGCUCGGACCCGAGCUGCUGCUUGUAUUCUGGAAGCUUGCUCUCCAUUCCACUUCAGUCGAAUUUGCUCCACCACAAUAAUGACAUCAGUGAUAAGCUAGAGACGUCCUUUGAGAAAGAACUGCCUGAUGAUCUGCAGUCUUCUAGACUGAUAAUUGGUGUUGUUUUUUGUACUUUUUUUUUUAUUUUGAAAACUGCCUAGUUAUGAUGGCUGAUCAUUUGCAAUUCAUUAAAUUGCUGUUCAACUGUG